CAGACCGGUUCACGGGGAGGGUUUAAAAGCGUACACCGGGACGUGGGACAUCAUUCCCGUCUCAACCCCAGACUCCACCUGAUCUCCAAGAUGUUAAGACUAUCAGCACUGCUCCUGGUCGCGACGGCGUCGGCGCAGAUCCCAUCGCUAGGAUGGUGUCCUGAUUAUCAGCCGAUGGCCAACUUCAACGUGAACCGUUUUUUGGGCACGUGGUACGAGGCCGAGCGGUUCUUCACCGUGUCCGAGCUGGGCUCGCGCUGCGUAACCACGAAGUACGAGAGCACUCCUGAGGGAAGGAUACUCGUCAACAAUGAGAUCACCAACGCAUUAACGGGAAUGAAGCGUGUAAUGGGAGGUUCCAUGCAGACGAUCGGAAGAGAAGGCGAGGGUCGCUUGAUCAUCAAGUACUCCACUAUGCCGAACAGUUAUGACAAUGAAUACAGUAUCCUCGAUACGGACUACGAUAACUUUGCCGUCAUGUGGUCUUGCAGCGGGAUCGGACCUGUGCAUAUCCAAAACGCCUGGAUCCUUACCAGAGACAGGCUAGCCCCACCUCUAGUGAUGCAGUACGCAUACUCCGUGCUGGACCGCUACCGCAUCUCGAGGACGUUCUUCGUGAAGACCAGCCAGGCCGACUGCAACCUGCUGCCCAGCCCUGCCGCCGACCCUCUGAGUGUGAAGACUGAAGACAUCAUCGAUGCUAAGAGCGCCCCUAUCGCCAACGUUGACAUCAUUGCAACGGAAGAGAAAGUCGCGCCUGUUGUGAAGAAAGAAGACCCCACCCCAGAGGACCCACAAGAAAGAUCCGCCGCCGCUGAAAUAUCCGAAGAGGCCAAGCCGAUGGAGAUCUCGGAAAUGAUGCCCGAAAAGAAAGAGGAAAAAAUGAAAAUCGAAAAACCAGAAGAAAUGAAAAUCGAGAAACCCGAAAUGCCUGAAAUGGAGAAAGAAAUGCCCGCUGAAAAAUCUCAAUAAUUGAUAACGCUUAACCCAGGCCACUGCUUCAUAAGCGACAGCGGUUAGGCCAUGACUCUCCCGUGCGAUAAUGUACUUGGGAUUGAGUUUAUCAAAUAAUUGCGUGUGAUUUGCUAUUGUACCUAACUGUUGGGCUAUCGUACCAAAUAAUUGCAUUUUUAAUAAACCGAUAAGUGCGUGAUGAUAUUUUUUUUUGUAAACCGUUUAGUAUUAGGUACAUCAGUGAAAUUGAUUUAGACAUUUUGCAAACGUUGGAGUAAAUAUUGUUUUUACGAAUUA